AAAGGAGUCCAGAUUUGCGUGAAUGAAAGAGAUGGUUGUCUUCGAGUAAAAUUUGACAGAAUGAGACUUAAAGAACUAGAGGGAUAUCUUCAACAGGUUGAUGUCUUCGAAAAUCCAAAGGUUGAUCUUGAACAGUACCCCACAACACCGCACAUUGCGGCCCAUAUGUUGUACACAAUCGACAAUACUUUUGGUGACAUCGAAGGCAAGCUGGUGGGUGAUUUAGGCUGUGGUUGCGGAGUUUUAAGCAUCGGUUCUUGUAUGCUUGGCAGUGCUAUGACUUUUGGUUUCGAUGUAGACAGCGAUGCUUUGGAAAUCGCCUCAAAAAACUGCGUUGAAUUUGAGCUUCAAACAUGCGAGUUGAUUCAGUGUGAUGUACAAGAAUUUUCACCGUGUGACAGAUGGAGCAAAGCGUUUGACACGAUUAUAAUGAAUCCACCGUUUGGCACAAAGAACAAUAAAGGUAACCUUGGGAAAAGGGUUGUUUUUAGGAUCGUCUUCUAGGGAUAAGACAUCAGAAUAAUGGUCAUGGACGGGUGUUAGAUUCCAGGUGGGGGUGGUGGGGAGGGGGGCCAACAUUCCUGGGGUCAAGCUCUCUAUUUUCUACCCUGGGUACCAUAGGUUUUGUUCGCGUGCGGCGGGAAUUUUCGGGGUCGGCAUUUUCUCACAAUAUUCAAAAAAACCUUGGGGGAGCUUAAUCACAUGCUCAAUGAAGGGCUGAAGUCAGCCAACUCCCCUUAGUUUAACUUGAGGAUGUUCAAUUUAAUUUGAUUAAAAUUAAAUGGUGAAGACCGGCAAGACAUGGUUUGAAUGUUGCAAUAAAUGACAAAGUGACUGUCAUGAGACAAAUGAUAAACAAGGCCAUGAUAUUAAUUCUUUGUGAGAAAGUCAUGUUUAAGACUUUUAGUGUCUUUUUCUCCAGGGAUUGAUCUGAAGUUCUUACAAAAAGCAAUCAGUAUGACCAGAACAGCUGUGUAUUCUCUUCACAAGACAGCAACAAGAGAACACAUCAAGAAGAAAGCAUCAGAAUGGGGAGUGNUCAAAAAACUGCGUUGAAUUUGAGCUUCAAACAUGCGAGUUGAUUCAGUGUGAUGUACAAGAAUUUUCACCGUGUGACAGAUGGAGCAAAGCGUUUGACACGAUUAUAAUGAAUCCACCGUUUGGCACAAAGAACAAUAAAGGUAACCUUGGGAAAAGGGUUGUUUUUAGGAUCGUCUUCUAGGGAUAAGACAUCAGAAUAAUGGUCAUGGACGGGUGUUAGAUUCCAGGUGGGGGUGGUGGGGAGGGGGGCCAACAUUCCUGGGGUCAAGCUCUCUAUUUUCUACCCUGGGUACCAUAGGUUUUGUUCGCGUGCGGCGGGAAUUUUCGGGGUCGGCAUUUUCUCACAAUAUUCAAAAAAACCUUGGGGGAGCUUAAUCACAUGCUCAAUGAAGGGCUGAAGUCAGCCAACUCCCCUUAGUUUAACUUGAGGAUGUUCAAUUUAAUUUGAUUAAAAUUAAAUGGUGAAGACCGGCAAGACAUGGUUUGAAUGUUGCAAUAAAUGACAAAGUGACUGUCAUGAGACAAAUGAUAAACAAGGCCAUGAUAUUAAUUCUUUGUGAGAAAGUCAUGUUUAAGACUUUUAGUGUCUUUUUCUCCAGGGAUUGAUCUGAAGUUCUUACAAAAAGCAAUCAGUAUGACCAGAACAGCUGUGUAUUCUCUUCACAAGACAGCAACAAGAGAACACAUCAAGAAGAAAGCAUCAGAAUGGGGAGUGAAUAUGGAAGUAUUAGCUGAACUGAGAUUUAAUUUGGCAGCAAGCUACAAGUUUCAUCGCAAAAAGACUGUUGACAUUGAGGUAGACUUCAUAAGGAUAGAUUGUUCGGGUUGCUAGUGAUGAGUUAAAUAAAAACAUCAAGUCAAAAUAAAGUUCUUUAAGGGACUGGAUCCAGG